AUGUUAAAAUAUUUUGCAAAGAAGCCUAGGAAUUCAAUUGAAUCGUCUAGUGUUCCGGAUGAAGAGUCUACUCCUGCACCACAACCACCAUCACCUCCUCCUCCUCCUCCGCAAAUUUUAUUGGAAAAUGUUGAAAAUAUGAGUAGUGAAGUAGAAAUUGUUGUUGAUCCUGGUUUACGAAAAUUGAUCAAAGAUUAUGAUGUUGGUGCUAGAGAUCGUAUUCUAAAAGAAUAUGUUGCUAUGGGCCCUUGUCAACUUCGCGACCAUAAUUUUCCAAGAAAAAAAAUGGGUAAAGACAAUAGAUGUUUCAGAGAGGUUUGGUUUAAAGACCGUGAUUGGUUGGAGUAUAGUGUUUCAAAGGAUGCAACCUUUGUUUCUGGUGGAGUUGGUAGUGUGCACAAUGAGGCAAGAAUACAGUUUGAGGGUUUCAAGAAUCAAAGACAAAGUGUGGAGUAUUCAUUUUCAUCAAGGAAACAUGAGCUUGAAAUUACUUAUCGCAAACGCUUGACUUCCAUUUUAAAAGUAAUUCGAUUUUUGUUGUUACAAGGAUUGCCUUUUCAAGGACAUGAUGAGUCUUCAACAUCAUCCAAUAGAGAAAAUUUUUUAGAAUUGCUCAAAUGGUAUAGCUCAGAUUGUUCAGAACUUGCGGCAGUUGUUGGAAUGAAUGCACCUGGAAAUAAUCAAAUGAUUGCCCCAAAAAUUCAAAAGCAAUUGGUGAAUGUUUGUGCAGUUGAGACCGCAAAUGCUAUUUUAGCUGAUCUUGGUGAUAGGUGGUUCACUUUACUACUUGAUGAGGCUCGUGACUGUUCAGUGAAAGAGCAAAUGACAGUUGUUAUUAGAUAUGUGAACAAACAUGGAGAGGUGAUUGAAUGA